AUGUCUUCAAUAUCACUAAGCAACAGACAAUGGGAUUCAACUUGGAACGGCUUGCCGACAGAAAUUCGACUUCUCAUCUUCAAAGCCCUUGCGCAAGACGGCUGCAGACUGAGUCCCUUGGCCACAGUGUCUAGAGAGUGGCAGAUAGAGCUUGAGCGACAUAACUUUGCUCGAAUCAAACUAACACCAUCGCGCCUCGCUGACUUCAAUUCGAUGAUUCGUCGCAAUCGGGCCUUUGUUGCCUGUAUUUGGUUCUGCUUGGAACUUGAUGAAUAUGAUUGCACUUGGUGCUGGCCAGGCAAUGCAGGCGCGGAAUUUGACGAAGCACUCGCUAUCAGCGACACAGAUCACUGCCCUAUUACCACGUCAUUCCAUACUCUCUUCUCCAUUCUCAGCACAUGGGAUCUUACCGCCAAUUUGAUACUCGAUAUUAGUGUCUAUUCGCCUAGUGACUCAAAACAUUUCUUUAAGUAUCUGACCUUUAUGCCCGAUACUGCUUUAGAUACGCUAGACGGUCGGCGUAACAUACAGCAUAUGGUAUCAAAAAAACCAGUCCAUCAUGACCCUAGACAUGGAUGGGUUUUUGGUGGUUCAUACCACCCUCCACCUCGAAGGGUGCUUCUCAAAUCUUUUCAUCCAAUCAUGGAAAGAAGGGCCCUACACUGGUGGGAUCGGCUUCCAUCGGUUCCUGCGGUAGUGACUUUGCUUCUGCGGCAACAGAACCGCCGUAGAUGGAAGCCGAAAUCGCUUGCACAUAUGUUUGCCCGUUUUCCCAGACUUCAAGAAGUCCACUAUGAGCCCUGGAGGGAAUGGAAUUUUAAGCAGGGGCUUACAGAUAGACAGUAUCCAUAUCUUUUUGAGUCUAUCCGACGUUUCAACGGCAAUCUUAAAAGACUUGUGGUUUUCGAGAAUAUUAAUCAACAGUAUCCUAUGCAUAUGCAACGAUUCCCAUUCGGGGUUGAAGUAUCUGGGUGCGACAUUAUUCGGAAACCAGCCCCUGCUGUUAGCCGGAUAGUCGCGCUCACCAGCCUUAAGCUUGAGCAUCUCGCAGCAUCAUUUAUCGUAGAUGCUAACCACUUCUUCAACAUCGAACCCUCUUGGGAAUGGCCAAACCUGACUUCACUCGUGCUGACUUCAAAGUUACUUGCACCAGAAAAAAGUCCAAUCGAGAUUGGAGCUAUGCUUCAGGCCGCAGCAGCAGUGGCUACAAAGAUGCCAAAACUGAAGACAAUGGAGAUUUGGAACGGACGAAAGGGCGUCGCGGCGCUCUUUAAGUACCAGGUGUUUCACGAUAUACAGCAAGCUAGAAUUACUUGGAGAGGCACCUGGGAAUUUAUCAUGGAACCGUCCGUAAUCCGGGCUUGGGAAGAACUACUAGAUGAAGCUACUAUUAAAUCCCACGGAGACGCAAUUGGCUACCUUAUGCUUUCAGGCCAGGUCAUUCGACCCAUCUCGUUGCAGCAGAUUCGGAUAGAACAAAGAGCACUGAAGGGCGUAAUGACAAGCUGCCGAGUUUAG